AUGGCCAAAGAGCUGGACCCAGACACAAACAAGGAUGAUAUCGAACGCCUGUGCGACAAGCAGGCAGCAGCGCUGAAGGAGCUACACGGCCCCAGGCCUGCGCUCACCCAGCAAUCCGUCACGGGCCACACAUUCGAGGAGUUGGAGUCGCAGAAAAAAGUUAUCGAGCAGAAGCUGGUGGCGCACAAUGAGGCCAUCACGGACGCUCAGGAGCUCGAGAAGCGGCUGGCAAGCCCGGCCCGGGCCGCCGACGCGCUGGACAGGGAACAGCUCGCCAAAGCCCCGGAGGCCAAGGCGAUGCUCGAGUCCGCCUCGUGGAACCCGUGCAUGGAGAUGCUCGAG